AUGAAGAUCUUCGUUACCGGCGCAUCCGGCUUCAUCGGCCGCGCAGUCGUCCCCGAACUCCUCAACCACGGCCACGAAGUUCUCGCCCUCGCACGCAGCGAUGCAUCCGCCUCCUCACUCACCAAAGCCGGCGCGUCCACCAUCCGCGGCGACCUCCAGGACCUCAACGCCCUGAAAGAAGGCGCGAAAGCAUCCAACGGCGUCAUCCACCUCGCCUUCAUGCCCGCCUUCAGCAGCGCCGAAGCUUUCCAGUCAGCCACGGCCGCGGAUCGCGCAGCCAUCACCGCCAUGGCGGAGGCGAUGGAAGGGACGAACAACCCUCUUGUCAUCUGCUCCGGCACGCUGGGGUAUCCGCAGGGUCAGGUGUCGAAUGAGGAUACCGAGCCGAAUAUCCAGCCGGGCUUUGAUCGGGACUUGUCGUUGGCUCUUACUUACUCCCUCUCGAAGGAGAAGAACAUCCGAGGGAUGCUGAUGCGUCUCGCUCCUGUGGUGCACGGCAGUACCGAUGACAAGGGGUUUGUACCGAUGAUGGCGCAAGCAGCGAAGAAGAAUGGUUUCGCUGCUUACCCUGGUGAUGGGUCUGCUCGGUGGACAGCGGUUCACGUCGAUGAUGCGGCGGUUGCGUUCCGUCUCGCGGUUGAAAAGGGGAAGGCCGCGACGACGUAUUUGCCGAUUGCUGAAGGUGGUGUCUCAGUGAAGGAGAUCGCGACAGCCAUUGCGAAGAAAGCCGGUGUUCCAGCCGAGAGUAGGCCCGCGGAGGAACUUCAGCCACUGAUCGGGUUCCUGGCGAUGGUGAUGAAUUUUGACACUCCCGUCAAUUCGGAGAAGACGCAGAAGGAGCUGGGAUGGACGCCGAAAGGACCGGCCUUGUUGGACGACGUCGAGGCGAACUAUCAACUGGGUUAG